AAAGUGAAUGAACAUAUUUUGCCGCUCUAUUUGGCUGAUAAAUUCUUAAUUUAUUCCUUCUUUCUACAUAGGUACUUAAAAAUAUUAUAUUAAUAAUUAAAUGAUACUACCUUAGUCGAAAUAACCAAAUUAUGGGUCUUCUGGAAUUGUGUGAAAAGUAUUUUAAUACUUCGGAUUUGUACGAAGUUCUGCAAAUUUCAGAAAAUGCUACGGAUAAAGAAGUUAAAAAAGCUUAUCAUAAAUUGUCAUUAAAAGUUCAUCCGGACAGAGUAAAUGAUGAUGAAAAAUUAGAUGCAACAGAAAAAUUUAAAGUUCUUGGAGGAGUUCAUGCUGUUUUAAGUGACAAAAACAAAAGGGAACUUUAUGAUGCCACUAAAAGUGUUGAUGAGGAAGAUUAUAAUGUUUUGAAAGAUAAAGACUGGACGGUAUACUGGAGAUUGCUUUUUAAAAAAAUUACAGAUGAAGACAUCAAAGCAUAUGAAAAAAAAUAUAUAGGAUCUGAUGAAGAAAAGAAUGAUUUAAAAAAUGCUUAUCUAGCUGGGAAAGGUGAUAUGGAUUAUAUUGUAGAUCAAGUACAAUUUGCUAGGUCAGAACAUGAACCUAGAAUUCGAGGCAUUCUGACUGAAAUGAUAGAGCAAGGUGAUAUCCCAGCAUUCAAAAUAUUUACACAUGAACCAGCAAAGAAACGCCAGCGCCGUCAUGCAAAAGAAAACCGUGAAGCUAAAGAGGCUGAAGAGCUAAAAAAUUCACUCAGUCUUAAUUCAGAAGAAAACAGUUUAGAACUUAUGAUUAAACAAAAACAAGGGGUAAGACAAAAACAAAUGGAUUCUUUAAUUAAUGAUUUAGCAGCUAAAUAUGGUGGAAAAUCAAAAGGAACAAAACGAAAAGCAUCUACUAAAGCUGAAUCAACCAGAAAUAAAAAAAAGAAGUAAUAAAAUGAAUGAUAGUGUGUUAUAAUUU